AUGGCGGAAAUCAUGGGCCAAGCCGCGGCCAACACCGACCCGGACGACAUCGAUGCGGAUGGCGAAUACGAGAUGGACGAUGUAGAGUACGCGCCCGGCCCGCCUAUCGAGGACAUGCCUGAUGCUGAAGGCCAAACUACAGACGCUGAGGGUUCAGACGUGGAUGCCGAGGGCGAAGAUGUCGAUGCUGAGGGUGAAGAUGUCGACGCCGAGGGUGAAGAAGUGGACGACGAUGAGGACGAAGCUGAACCCGUCGGUGCUGUCAAGAUCGCACUGCGUCGACCCAGGUCCGACGAUGAGGAAGAGGACUAUGACGGCGACGAUGUCGCGAGAGAAUCCUCCGAUGCCAAGUCCAGCGACAGCGACGAGUCAAGCAACCUUGAUUCCGAAGAGGAGAACCAAUGGCAGGCGAGCGAUGGUGGUGAAGAAGAUGAAAUCAUCAGGUCGAACAACCCCAACGUGUGCAUAUAUUGCAAUUUAGACGAGGACAACGACCCCAGCCCGGAAUUCGAGGAGUACCUCUCUUGCGCCCAGUGCGGAGACAAUGGUGAGUACUCAGUGGGGAGUCCCGAUGACGAUGCAAAGCUUUGGCGCUGCGAAGGAUGCAUCAACAACUUUCCAACGGAAGCGGAAGAAGAGGCAGACGAGCCUUCUACUCGUCGGAGAUGUUCGUCUGCGAACAAAUUGACCAAAGAGUUGCUCCCUUCACAUCGUGGGGUUGACCCCGAAGGACAUUCAAUCUUCAAAGAGCUAAUUCUUCCCGACGAAUCAGCAGGUGGACUACGUUCGCUGCGUAAACGCAAGACUUCGCAGGAAGAGGAAGCGCCGAUUCCGUCGAGGCAAACACGGAAGAAGCGGAGACCUUCCGAAGCAUCCAACUCAGAUGCGGCGCCAUCAGUGCCUGCAGUCUCACCCCGGCCACCUUCAAGAAGCGUACGAAGUGCUCGUAGCGUCAUGACGGAUGGUCACGAGAGUGGAGGCGAGGCAGAGCACACUGGUUCAGAUCGAGAGGCAGGUCGCUUACGACCAGCGCGAGCACGUCGUGGUCAGCCUAAGAGGACCGACAAACGACCACUCGCGUGGAUCGAAGAGGCCCAGCCUGGAAGCCUGAUCAUCGCUUUCCAUCUCAACAACGAGAAAGUCCAAAGGAUUGUCACCGCCAAGCCCAAAGUAAAGACACUCACGCGCGAGCAAGAGCGACAGGAGAGGCGGCGCGAGAGGGAUAGAGAACGUCGCGAAAGAAAUCGUCGGGCUGCACAGGCUGCACGAGAAUCCUCAGAGGUCUUGCAUUACCCAACAAUCCACAUUCAAAAUGCCGCUCCGUUCCCAGGCUUCACCGACAGGGAGCCAGACGAGGUCAAGAGCAAGCCCUACGGUGGUGUACUGUCAGAAGCGGAUGCCGAUACAUCCAAGACUUAUCCUUCGCCCGCCGACAGGAAGCGGUUCGAUGAUGCUCGCAUCAAGGCUGAAGAAGAAUGGAAAGUGAAGCAGGCCGCACUUUACCCGCCCGAACCACUCCGGUCGCACAAGCAAGCAACCACGGCGAGCAAGAUCAAGUGCGUCAAUUUCGGUGGCUGGGAGAUCGACACCUGGCACGCUGCGCCAUAUCCUGAAGAGUACAGCAAAAAUCGGGUGCUUUACAUAUGCGAAUUCUGUCUCAAGUACAUGAACUCGGAUUAUGUGGCAUGGCGGCAUAAGCUUAAAUGUCCAGCGAAGCACCCUCCUGGCGACGAGAUUUACCGCGACGGCAAGUACUCUUUCUUCGAGGUCGAUGGCCGAAAGAAUCCAGUGUACUGCCAGAAUCUCUGUUUGCUCGCCAAGUUGUUCCUCGGUUCCAAGACGCUAUACUACGAUGUCGAGCCCUUCUUGUUCUACGUCAUGACAGAAAAUGACAACUUCGGGUGUCACUUCGUCGGCUACUUUUCGAAAGAGAAGCGUCCCAGCUCGCUCAACAACGUUUCUUGUAUUCUCGUACUUCCCAUUCACAUGCGCAAGGGCUACGGACAGUACCUGAUCGAGUUCUCCUACCUCUUGACCCGCGUGGAGAGAAAAACUGGCAGCCCCGAGAAACCGCUCAGUGACAUGGGUUUGGUGAGUUAUCGGAAAUACUGGCGGCUUGUCCUGUGUGAGGAACUACUCCAGCAAAAGGCUGCGAUCAGCAUAUCGGCCAUAUCAGAUCGCACCGGCAUGACACCUGAUGACAUUGUAUCAGCGUUGGAAGGCUUACGAGCUCUCGUGCGAGACCCUGUCACGAAGAAGUAUGCGCUUCGUCUUGAUUUGAACUACUUCAAGUCAUACAUUGAGAAAUGCAACGCUGCAGGCAACCCAAAAAUCAAUCCAGAGUGUCUGAUAUGGACACCAUACGUCAUGGGACGUCUAGGCCAGUACGAAGAUGGACCCGCCCUGCAGACAGUACAACAGCGCGACGAAAUCGAAGAAGAAGACAAGCCCGCACCCGAGGAAGGUGUACAGAUGGCCGCAGCGAAAGCCAACGGUACAGGCGAUGAAGCAGACGGCCCCCACCCCGCCGAAGACUCUGUCAACGGCGGCUCACCAGCCCCCGGCACACCCCUCGCAAACGGCUCCACCGUCGCACUCGCCGGCUCCCACAUGGACGAACCCGCAAUCCCGCCCUCCCGCUACGAAAUCUUUCCUCCCAUCCCCGGCCAACCUGCACAGCGCCGCCGCCCAGGCCGCCCCUUCGGCACCCGCCGACGUACCAGCACCCCCAAUCGCGUCCGCAACACCUCCCUCUCCAUCCAUACCGCCCCCGUAUCCAAAAUGCAACUCUCGCCCAGCCGCGGCGCAAAAGCCCUUAUGUCGCCCUCCGCCAACGGCGCCCUCACACCGGGUACUAUCUCCCUACGGCGUACACGCAGUCGCCUCGGCGAAAGCGUCACCAAUGGCGACGACGUCUCAGACGGAGGCGCGGUCAAGGCCGUUGUUGUUAAUGGAAGGAGGAGUACACGGAGCUCUGCUAGCUCGAGGGGUAGUAUUGAUUUCAAGGGCAAAGGCAAAGCGCUGCCCAUUGAAGAGGAACAGGAACAGGAACAAGAGCAUGAUGAAGACAUCGACGCCGAUGGCGAUUAUGAUGAGGAAGAGGGGGAUAUGGAUGUUGAUGCUGAGGGCGAGGAGGACGAUGAUAUCAUCAUGCAGGAUGCCUGA